GCCAGGCCAGGCAACCUAUGUACAAGUGAAAUUACUACAAUCGUCACAGUACUGUGUUCAACGCGACGUCGACGACACAUCGGGGGAAGCUUCGUCGGGAUUUGUUCGUGGAUUCUAGAAGAAAUUUGGUAGACACCUUUUUUUUUGUUCGCGUAGAGUAGAAGUUUUGUGGCUGCUGGAGCACUGCCUCAGUGAUUCAGGGGGAAAAUCUGGAAGUGGACUUUGUGGCGCCCACGACCUGAGCGAGCGAGAACAAAGUGCGUGUGCAUCAGAAAUUUCUGGUCCAAGGACAAACGAAGACGACGGGGUUUUGGGCCAGCAGAGAUGACUAGCAGAAGUGGGAGUAGGAGUAGGAGUCGAUAGCAUCUCGAAAGGGGUGUCAUCACGUACACGGAUUGGUCGAGUCGCUGAAGAGACCUCGAUUUUUACUUCAUUCUCCAAGAUAUUCACACGACGAAGAAGCGAAGAUAAUUUUCUGAUUGAAGAAGGUGUCACAUAAGCAGAGAAAAAGGGGAAAAUUAGCUUCAAAGUUGUUGCUGUGGAGAAGCCUUUGUGUGGGGAGUUCCUCACGACGACGACUUCACGUAACCUUGGAAGCAGCUGGAAGUGGCACGGGAAAAGUUUUGUGGCGAAGUUUUGCACGCGGUACCACAGCUAGUAUCGCGUAUCUAGCAGGUCGACGAGGCAGGGCGAUACUGCUUGUGGUGCAAAUUUGAAAAGCAAGGAAAAAAAAAAGAAGAGUGAGGCUGAAUAAUCAGCGAAAAAUUGCGUCAGGAGUAACGAGCGAAGAGUCUGAAUCCAAAGAGUUAGCAGCAGCAGUGAUUCCAAAGGAAGAUUGUGCGAAAAGAAGUGGAAUCGUGUGCAAACCAGCACCCUGAAUCAUCGCCCAAACCCCCUCGGGAUCUUCUCAGAACGAGAUCUUCGACGACCCGUGAAGUGAAGCGAAAUUUGUCCGAUUCUACCCCCGAACGUAAGCAGUAUAAGCUUAAGUAGCUUAUUUAGCAUUUAGUUUGUAUAGAUUUUACUACAACGUAGUACAAAGUGUAGCGCUUAAAGAUGGCCAAAUUUAGUGGGAAAAAGUGCCGCCUGCUGACGGUGAUGACGCUGACGGUGUUCUUCUUCUUCGUCGAGAUCGUCGUCGGCUACCUGACCAACUCGAUGGCGCUGGUCGCGGACAGUUUCCACAUGCUCGGGGACAUUGCCGCGCUCGUGAUCUCCUUCCUAUCCAUUAAGAUGUCACCAAAGAAGUGGUCCAAAAAUACGUUCGGCUGGGCCCGGGCGGAAGUGCUCGGCGCGCUGGUCAACGCCGUGUUCCUGGUAGCACUCUGCUUCAGCAUAACGAUAGAAGCCUGCAAAAGAUUCAUUGAGGUGGAACACAUACACCAGCCGGAACUGUUGAUCUGGGUCGGCGUGCUCGGUCUUCUAGUCAACCUUCUUGGGCUGUGUCUACUUCACAAACACGGAGGUGGCCACAUGCACUCCCACGGUGGAAUGCCCCACUCGCACGGGAUGUCUCACGGUAAUCUUGCCCACGUGGACAACUCGGAGGAGAACAAGACCUUUAUGUUCCAGAAUGGCGACUCCCCGCCGAAGAAGCCCACCCACCACGGCCACUCGCACGACUCGUCCCAGAUGAACAUGCGGGGCGCGUUCCUGCACGUGCUCAGCGACGCCCUCGGCAGUGUGAUCGUCAUCAUUAGCGCGCUGGUCGUGCGGUUCACCGAGUGGGAGUACAAGCUGUACAUGGAUCCGGCCCUGUCGAUCCUGCUGGUCAUCCUGAUUCUGCACUCGGUGUGGCUGCUCCGCGAGUCCGCGCUCAUUCUGCUGCAGACCGUUCCGACGCACAUCCAGGUGGACGCCAUCCAGCGGCGGCUGCUGGAGAAGGUGGACGGGGUGCUGGCGGUGCACGAGUUUCACGUGUGGCAGCUGGCCGGCGACCGGAUCAUUGCGUCCGCCCACAUCCGCUGCCGGAACCUGUCCGAGUACAUGAAGAUCGCCGAGAAGGUGAAGGAGUUCUUCCACAACGAGGGCAUCCACUCGACCACGAUCCAGCCGGAGUUUGUCGAGAUCGAGACGCUCAACAGCUACUCGGGCUCCGACGGCAUCUCGACCAGCCUCAACGGCAGUGCCACCCAGGACUGCUGUGCCCUAGACUGCCCCACAACUGACGAAAGCAGUUGUAUCAAAGCCACAUGCUGCCAAAACAACAAUACCAUCAAGAAUCAACCCUCAUCCCCAACACCAUCCCCAUUUUUGUGUCGCCAAAGAACCUCCAGAGGUGGAAAUGACGUCGAGUCAGGAUCCCUGCUGGACCAAGCCAACCCAACGUCCGCGUUGGCCCCCGACACGGACGCAAGCGGUCUGCCCAAGUUGACCGUCUGACAGCUUAGCGCGGGCAACAACAGCACCUUCAACAACUCCCACUCCAAACCCAUCAACACGAACAACUACUACCACUCCCUGCAGCAUCCGACCUGUACUUCUUCGACAACGACCUCCCCAUCAAACCCGCAGCAACAGCAUCCGUCGUCCCAUCGUCCGUUCAACCGACCACUUUCCCACUUCUUCUUGGCUGUGACGGUCGUCGCGUCGUACUGAGCUCCUCGGGACUGGCCGCCGCGUCCAGCAGCUUGCUCGAGAGCUACGUCAACGGGUCGGACUCGCCCCUGCGGAACCUGUACUGUCAGUGCAAGCACCACGCGGCCACGGCCCAAUAAGAUAGACAGAGAGAGAGAGAGAGAGCGAGUAUGAGAGAGAGAGAGAGAGAAAGUGAAGAUUAAUUUAAUUAGAGUUCCGUUUUUACACGCGGUACAAACUUUUUUGACUACCUACACAAUUAUUAUUAAGAAGACCGCGAGAGAAAGCUAGAGUUCAGCGAGUGCGUUUUGAGUAUGCAACCGGGAGGAAUUAUUUUUAACUUUAAAACAGUUUAGUUUGUACUAUCAGUUGAUAAUACCCCGUUUCAAAGAGAGAAAAAACCCGACUAGGCUUAGGUUUGUUGGUAGAUAACAAUAAAGAUUUUUUACAAAGCAAAGCAAAGUCAAAUCGUAAAGUAUUUUAUGUCGUAGAUCAAUUGAAACUUUACCCUGUAACCGGAACACAGACACACACACACACAAACACACAAACAACCUCUGUGAAGGCAUGACAUUGGUCAUUGAAGCCGUUCAAAUUGGAACAGACCAAACAAUGAGAUAGCAAGUGAGAGUUGCAUGCCAUGUUGCAUGCAAUGUGCGCAGUGUUGCUUGGUUCAGCAACCAGAUGGCGACGGAAAAAUCUUGCAAAAAUGGUCUUAAUUUUUGCUAGCCGUUCCUUUUUCUUGCGAAUUUGAGGUGUGUCACCAAGUAUUGUACAUAUUUUCUAGUUUUUUAGUGAAGAAUAUGAUUUAUAUUUGAACAUUGGAAAUAAACUCUCGUGAGAAGAUUGUGUUUUCACACAAAAAA